AUGGCGACUUCGAAACGUUCAAAACGUUUGAAACGUUUGCAUCGGAUGAGCUCCACAAGCUCCGACUGGGACCCGGUGGCCGAAGAACUGCAGAUCGUCUGGCAACUUUACCUGCUUGCUGCAAGUGAUUAUUUGCACAGCAUGGCCAAUCCUCUAGAAUCAGACCUCAGCCGGAGUGCUCGAUGGUUCGUUCCGUUUGGCUUGGUCUUGAUUCUUUUGUGGGUGAUUCUUGUCAAUAAGACUGUCCCCGAAGCCUACCUCGACGAAGUCUUCCACGUCCCGCAAGCACAAGCAUACUGGUCGCAUAAGUGGAUGCAAUGGGAUCCAAAGCUGACAACACCACCGGGUCUAUAUCUGUUCUCAUAUGCCCUCUUCGCUAUUGUGUUGCUGCUGCGCGGAGAGCCGACAGAGCUCACUCCACAGGUCUUGCGCUCGACGAACGUUGGUGCGACAACCGUUAUUUUCCCCUGGAGACUCCAGAAGUUGCUUGAUACGCUACAGAGAACGACAAAUACUCGGCCAUUGGGAGCGAACGUGUCUCAUACCGUGCUGAAUAUCUGCUUGUUUCCCCCGCUGUUCUUCUUCUCUGGUCUGUACUACACAGAUGUUCUUGCUUUGGUGGUUGUCGUGGAGGCAUACAAUUGGGACUUGAAGAGAGACUUUGAGAGAAACCAGGAAAGCGAAUCUGGAAACGACGCGACAAAAGCGACUCGCAGUGGUAUUCAGGAGACACUGGGAUUCCUGGCUUUCGCGCUGGCUGCAUUGGUCUUCCGACAGACCAAUAUCUUCUGGGUCUCGGUAUUCCUAGGUGGACUUCAGGUAGUCCGCAAGAUUAGAAAGUCUACUACGCCAUGCAUGUCAUCCGAUGUGUCAACUAUCGUGAAACAAGGCCUGCAGAAUGAGGUGUAUGAUCCUCUCGUUUCGGAGGCUUCCUUCGAAGAUUACCUGAAGACCGCCGUUUCACUUGCGACUGUCAGUCUGAAGCAGCCUUUUUCUCUCCUGGUUUCGGUCAUUCCUCACAUCAUCGUCCUCGCGGCCUUUGGUGCAUUUGUAGUUUGGAAUAACGGAGUCGUCCUAGGCCACAAGGAAUUCCAUGCCGCGGGUAUCCACCUGGCUCAGAUGCUCUACAUCUGGCCGUACUUCAUCUUCUUCUCAUGGCCUCUUUUCGUCAUUCCUCUGAUCAAUAUUCUCGCCCUCAAACCACUCCCCAAAUACUUGAACCUCGGUCUCCCGCCGAAACAGAGGAAAUAUCCCAAGCUCAAGGCUGCCCUGAUUGUGAUCCCGUUUAUGCUUGCCGUGGUCCACUUCAACACCAUUGUGCACCCCUUCACCCUUGCUGAUAACCGACACUAUGUGUUCUACGUAUUCCGCAUUCUUAUGCUUCACCCAGCAAUCAAGUAUGCUGCAGUGCCAGUGUAUUUCCUCUGCGGAUGGGUCGUGAUCUCAGCCUUUGGAUUUACCACCAUCCAACGUCCGCCCAAAACCUUGCGAGUUCAUAAAGCUGCUCCAGAUGCGCCCCCAGCUCCGACUCCGGCCCCGGAUCCAGCCCCGGCCCCAGUGGCACAAGAGCCCAAAUCUACUCAGUCUUCUGCGCGCAAGCCUUUACUGGCGCACCAACAGCCACCAAAGGGAACGAAGAAGCCUAACAGGUCUAAUUACAAGAAAAUCAAGAAGGAUGACCCAGAAACCAAGAAGACUGACUUGACUGAGCUACCAGCGGAGAUUACGGAUCCAAAUGAUCCCGCGGUUCUGGCUAGAGUCCAGCAACACAUCUUCACGCGCCAGAGAGAAUUACUGGAGGCACCACGCGUUAGCUUUGUCCUUGUUUGGCUGGCCGCUACCUCCUUGUCUCUCAUCACGGCACCCCUUGUCGAACCCCGCUACUUGAUCAUCCCGUGGGUUAUGUGGCGUGUGCACCUUCCUCCUACGCCAUGUCUGUUCAGGGAUCGAGAUAUUCGCCCCCGCACAGAGGAAGCUAAACGUCGCUCUGACCUCAUUGUCAACGGACCGAAGUUCGUGGAGACGGUUUGGUUCUUGAUCAUUAAUUUGAUCACUGGGUAUCUCUUCCUGUACAAGGGCUUUGAGUGGCCGCAGGAGCCUGGCAAGAUCCAGCGCUUCAUGUGGUGA